GGCGUGCGCCUUCGGUGGCCAUUUUGGAGGCGGGGACGCGCAGCGGUGAGCUCUUGCCGGCGUCUUCGCGGUCUUCUCCGAGCAGUAGUCUUAGCACCCCGAAGUCCUGUCCUGCACUUUCCAACUGCCACACAUACGCUCUCUCGGGCCCCCAGUAAACCAUAAUUGAAGAAAAAUGAUGGAAGAGAGCGGAAUAGAGACAACUCCGCCGGGGACUCCUCCACCACACCCCGCAGGCCUGGCUGCAGCUGCCUCAGCUUCCACCCCGCUGCCUUUAGCUGCAACCAGUUCUUUCUCUUCUCCAAAUGUGUCCUCCAUACAGUCUUUGCCGCCACAUGCGUACUCCACCCCUCAGCCGUCCCUCCCUCCCGUGAGGCCCUCGGCACCCUUGCCCUUCGUGCCGCCUUCACCGGUCCCUUCUGUUCCAGCUCUCACGACUUCUGUCCCACCUCCUGUCUCUCCACCACCUGCUGCUGCCUUCAGUAAUCCUCCUCUGCCCCACUUCCCGGCUUCAUCGUCUGCCCAAAGCACUCUUUUAUCUGCACCCCCUUCUGGUCCUCCCACAUCGGGAUUUUCCGUUGGGGCAACUUACGACAUUACAAGGGGACAUGCAGGAAGAGCUCCCCAGACACCCCUGAUGCCAUCAUUCUCCGCACCUCCGGUAACAGGUAUUUUGCCAACUCCCAUUACUCAGCAAGCCAGUUUGACAUCUCUGGCCCAAGGACCAGGAACCACAUCAGCCAUUACGUUUCCAGAGGAACAAGAAGAUCCUCGAGUUGGUAGAGGUCAGGAUGAAGCAUCUGCUGGUGGACUCUGGGGUUUUAUUAAGGGUGUGGCCGGAAAUCCUAUGGUGAAAUCUGUGCUUGAUAAAACAAAACAUUCAGUAGAAAGCAUGAUUACAACGCUGGACCCCGGCAUGGCUCCAUAUAUCAAAUCUGGAGGUGAACUGGAUAUUGUAGUGACCUCAAAUAAAGAAGUAAAAGUUGCUGCUGUCCGAGAUGCCUUCCAGGAGGUCUUUGGCUUAGCUGUGGUCAUAGGGGAAGCUGGACAGUCCAAUAUUGCCCCACAGCCGGUAGGCUAUGCAGCUGGAUUAAAAGGUGCCCAGGAACGGAUAGACAGCUUGCGUCGAGCUGGAGUGAUCCAUGAAAAACAGACUGCUGUGUCAGUAGAAAACUUCAUUGCAGAAUUGCUACCUGACAAGUGGUUUGACAUUGGCUGUUUGAUAGUGGAAGACCCCGUCCAUGGCAUUCACCUGGAAACGUUUACACAGGCCACACCCGUGCCUUUGGAGUUUGUACAGCAGGCUCAAAGUCUCACUCCCCAGGACUACAGUCUGAGGUGGUCAGGCCUUCUGGUGACAGUGGGUGAAGUCCUGGAAAAGAGCUUAGUGAACGUGACGCGGACUGACUGGCACUUGACAUUCACCGGCAUGUCUCGCCGGCAGAUGAUCUACAGUGCGGCCAAAGCCAUUGCUGGAAUGUACAAACAGCGCCUGCCCCCCAGGACCGUGUGACAGGAGAUCACCCAGGGCGCAGCGACCUCUUUGUUUGGAGCGUGGCGGUAAAGACUUGGUCCCAUCCCCAUGUGGGGAGCUCCAGCAGAUGUCGGGGUCUUGCAAAUGUGCCUCUAGGCUACACUUGAUCUUUCCUAGAAAGGCACAGUGUCAUUCCAGUAGCUGCAAAGAAACAGAUCCUUGCUGUGAUCGUGCAAUUUCACAUACCGCAGUUCUUAGAAAACAAUUAUUUUUAUAGGACAAUUUGAUAUACCAAAUCUGUACGGUGCAAAUUCACGUGCUUCGACCUUUAACUUAAUGAUACAUACUUGAUUAUUUUGUUGAAGAUUGAAGAACAUGUCAUUGUUUAUUUCAUGAUUUCUCUCUUCUUAGUCCUUGAUGCUUUUUGUGUGUGCGGGUGAUCUCAGGUCUGACACCGAACCACGUGCUCAACAGCUGACCCUCAGACACCUACUUGCAGGGAGAUGGUGCACAUUUCUAUGCAUACUUUUUACAUGGGCCAAAAUAAUGGGAUUUUUUUUUUUGUCAUUAUGUACAUACACACAUCCUCUAAAAAAAAGAAAAAAGGUUUAUUUCAAAGUAAGUUUUGGCAUUUCACAUAUUUAGACUCUGAGACAUUGCAGCACUAUUUUGUUUUUCUUUGCUAUGUGACAACUAAGUGGCCCAUGAUUUGAGUGUAUUUUAAAUCAGAACAGUUCCUGUUUUUAUAUAGUACUAUUCAAUAUUUUCAAGUAAACUCCAACAGCCAUUAUUUCUGCUUCCAUUCAUAUAUUCUCAAGUGUCGUAUAGAAAUUUUUCAGAGGAAUUACUUUGUUAUUUAUGGGGUUGUAUGCCUCCCCUUUUAAUUAAGGUUACUUGAUAUUUAGUUUGCCUUAAACAAUGCUUUUCUAACUUGGUGCCAUUCUGCCUUUACUACUCUUUAUGGAAUUUUCAGUGAAAUUAUUUAAUAUUCAACCUGGUUUAUCUAGUUGAUCAUGUUUGUAUUUAGUGACUGAAGCUUCUCCCUCCCCCCAGCCCCAAAUAAUAUAUUUUAGCAUUUUUGGAUUUAUAGAAAUCAGAAUUUAAAUAGUUUGUCUUAUACUCUGGAUUCUAUGUAUGCAAGUUCCUAUAAUGUUUUGAAGACAGUUUCUUACGCAAAUGUAAUUUAAUUUUUACUUACUCGUCUUACAGUUCUUUGCUGUAAAUUAAUUAGCACAAUCUUAUAAAGGGUGUUGAAGCUCUUAUCCUGCACUGUCACUACAGGUAACAUUGCUUUGUAUUACUUUGAGUACUUACUCGAUUUUUGCUUUUUUUAACCUGAGGAUGAGAAGCAUUAUUUUCACAACUCUCUGUUCAUUUCCAAGCACUGUAUGAUUGCUUGGUGAAAUUCAGACUUGUCUGUCAUUAAAAGGAGAGAAAAGACAUGUAACCAGUUGCUGCGGCGUGAUAGGGCUAGAGUGAUUUUCUCCCCUUUCAUUGCUAUUUGUGCAACACUUCAUGUUUUCUCCAUCUGAUUAAUAAAAAAGAGAAGCCUUUCUGUA